AUGUCUGUAAUAUUAGCCUCUGCUGGCUAUGAUCACACCAUUCGGUUUUGGGACGCCUUGACUGGUGUUUGUUCACGAACAAUCCAACAUACAGACUCUCAGGUGAACAGACUAGAGAUCACCUCAGAUAAGCGCUUCUUAGCAGCAGCAGGAAAUUUAUACGUUCGUCUUUACGAUAUAAAGCAAGCUGGAUCUGCUGGUGGUAAUUCUAGCGCGGCGCCGGGAGCGUCAGGAGCAGGCGGCACAGGAAACGCAAGUAGCUCAAGCUCGAAUCCUGUUAUGACAUUCGAAGGCCAUAACGGAAACGUGACACUGAUAGCGUUUCAGAUUGAAAACAAGUGGAUGGUUCUGUCUUCAGAAGACGGUACGGUUAAGGUGUGGGAUGUGCGGUCACCAUCGGUGCAGCGAAACUACAAGCACUAUUGCCCGGUAAAUGAGGUAGUGAUUCACCCAAAUCAGGGUGAGCUUAUAAGUUGUGACCAUGAUGGUAAUAUCAGAAUUUGGGACUUGGGGGAGAAUCAGUGUACGCAUCAUUUAAUUCCCGAGGAUGACGUGCCGAUAAAUUCCUUGUCUGUGGCCAGUGAUGGAAGCAUGCUCGUGGCUGGGAAUAACAAAGGCAAUUGCUACGUGUGGAAGAUGCAGAAUCAAAGAGAUAUCACUUCAUUGACUCCAGCCACAAAAUUCAGAUCACAUCUGAAAUACAUCACAAGGGUCGUCCUUCUGACAGAUAUGAAACAUUUAGCAACAUGCUCUGCCGACCAUACUGCCAGAAUAUGGCUGACAGAACAAAAUUUCGCUUUGGAGACCACUUUGCAAGGCCAUCAGCGUUGGGUGUGGGAUUGUGCGUUCAGUGCCGACAGCGCUUACUUGGUAACAGCAUGUUCAGACCAUUACGUUCGUCUUUGGGAUCUUUCCAAUAGUGAAACGGUGAGACAUUACAACGGGCAUCAUAAAGGUGCGGUAUGUGUUGCAUUGAAUGAUGUUUGA